AAUCAGAAUAGCAGGGAGAGAGAGAAUUUCUGCUCCAAAAGCUGAUUCAGAUACAUGUAUUCUUCUCAGCCGAGUUAUAGCACCAUCACACAGUAGGCCUAAAACAAUGAGGAUUAUUAUGUAGCAUUGUAAUCAAGGAUUUGAGAGGUUGCAGUUUCGUGUGAUGAGCAGAAGUAAUCUGAUAGACAGUAACAUGCAUUGAUCACCAAAACCCAGAUAUUAACUAGUGAUAGCCAUUGAAGUAGGAUCUGGCCUGUACCAUGGCCAAGGCAGGGGUGCGGAUUAGAGAUUAUGGAGGGGUUCAGGUUAAUCCUGAACCCAUUGUUAUCGAGGAACCUCAAGAUACAUUCCUAGAGGACUACAUAUCACCAACAAAACUGCGGGCUUUGACCGGAAUAGAGGAUCUUGAAGAUGUGAAAUUUUUAGAGAUGAGGGUGGACACUUCAGAAACAAGUCUUGGCAACUUUGGUGCAAUGUUACCUAAUCUGAAGCAACUAAAACUCAACGACAGUCUGAUAGCAUCGGUGAGAGAUUUGGGUACUGCUCUGGAUAAUCUGGCUGUUCUCUGGAUGUCUAGAUGCUGCCUGUGUGAUUUAGAUGGUCUUAGCUCUAUGUCCUCACUGAAGGAGUUAUAUCUUGCCUAUAAUGAUGUAUCAGACAUCAGUCCGUGCAGUAUGCUAGAAAACCUUCAGCUAUUAGACCUGGAAGGGAACAAUGUAGAUGAUAUAGCCCAGGUAGAGUUUCUAGGACUCUGUAGUAAACUCCAAGCACUCUCAUUGGAGGGCAAUCCAGUGUGUUUAGCACCAAACAAAGAUUAUAACAAGGAUGAGAGCGGGCCAUUUAACUAUCGUCUCUCCGUCUGGAAAGCUGUCCCUCAGCUCAAACUCCUAGACGAUGAGGUCCUAGACACAGCUUCAACGUCGAUGUCAACGUCGAACCUCCAACCCAAGGCUCUGAAUUUGAGCACUGAUUGGUUGUUAGUGAAUGGUUCCAUCAAAGACGGGCUAGGAUCGGUUGAUAGCUUGGGUUCAGAUGGUGGUGGGGGGUCACGACCCAAGACGGCAGCAAGGCCAGGGUCGGCAGCAGGUAGACGACCCGGGUCAGGCUCUGGACGACGACCUGGGUCAAGUAUGGGUCAUCGACCCAUGACCUCAGCGGGUGGACGACCAACUACUUCUGCUGAAAGACCCGAUACUGGAGGUUCAGACAUUGUUGCGGAUGGAGAUGAUACAAGUGAUCUGACGCAUGGCAGCGGAGGAGUUCUUUGUGGUAACCCGGUUAAAGCCUUGAGAAACAGGAGGAAAAAUGUAAAGAACCCAUUGGCCCAACAGACCACAACAAUGUUCAUGUUAUUACAACACAAACCAGAACAUACAUUUGAUGCAUUAGAUGAUGAUGACGACGACGACGGCCGAUCAAAGGAAGACAUCUUCGCCGAGCUUAGAACAUGGAAAGCAGCGCAUGAAAAGAAAGUGAAGCUACGCCUACAAGACCUCGAGCCUCAGGUCAUGAAGAUCACGCACAGCGAUGAGGAAGAGACAAACAACAACAUUCCAGGAACAUCAAGUAGUCAUGGCAACCAAGACGACGACGACGAUGAUUUAGAUGAGGAUGUUGGUGUGUACAUUCCACCGACGCCCACAGAGUCGCCAACCGAAGAGAGGAUGCCGACACCUCCCAAAGGUCCGAGGUCGCCCAUCAGAGCCCCCGUCAGACCAAAGACAUCUAUUGGAGACUACAGAGUGCGUCGCUUCCGUCAGCGUUCCGUCGAGGAGGGCGACUCAUCCGACGCUCCUAGACUAUCUCAGGAAUCUCGGUCCUCUUCUCUGGAUGACUCGGGUCACAUUAGUCCAGGAACUUUCCUUGGAUCCUUCCCGUCCUCCCCGGUCUUGGGACGUAUAGAGGAUAGGCCUUACUCUGGUCCAGCCGUCGGGAUCAGGACUAUACCGGAGGCCAAACACGUUGACAAGAACGCUCCAAAGUCCAUCGACCCUCAUCAGCCAAUCAUCCGCUCCUCUGUGAACACGCCGCCGCAAAGGCUCAUGGGAAUGAUAUCAAGACCCGUCACGGCCAGGGCCGCACUCCAGCGACAGGCCCUGCCUAACAGGACUAAGAACAAUCCAUAUACUAGUAUGUGAUCGAUGUAGAUAUUCUUGGACUAGUUUGUGAUCUACUGUACAGAUGGAUUAGUUUGAGCUGAUUGUAAAACACCCAGUCCUACAGUUCUAGAAGAGUUUAUGAGAGCAAGGCUUCUACCACUGACAUGCACAUACAUGUAGCUUGGUGCAUCAAGAUUGCCGAUGCCUUCUGUAAUAGAAUUUGAUUGUGACCUAUCUAGAGUUAGAAGGGCUUACAUGUAUCUAUGAAAAUAGUUUAGGCCCAUAUUCUAGCACCGACUUGAUAGUGCAUAGCAGGACCAGGACUACAUACUGGACGAGCACUUCCCAGCAGAGAAACUGUUAUCGUCUAUACAGCUAUGGGAUCUCCUGCUAGACUAGAUUUGCUGGUCUUGAUAACAGGAUAGCCCCUCAACCUUGUACUGUCGUGAGAGUGGAUAACAAGACUAGGACUACUAAGAAGGAUCAAUCACUUCCCAGCAAAGAUACUGUUAUCUUCUAGACAAGCAUGGAAUCUCCUAUACAAGGGUGGGAUCUCCAAGACUAAAUUUGCUGGCCUUUGAUGAUGGAGUAGCCCCUUAACCUAGCGCCAUCUUGGGAGUGAAGAGCAAGACCAGGCAGGAGUAAAUAGGAUACAUCACCUUCAACCUAGCACUGAAUCGAGAGUGAAUAGCAAGAUUAGGACUACUUACAUGAAGAAAGAUCAAUCACUUCCCAGCAAAUAUACUGUUAUCUUCUAAUCAGUAUGAGAUCUUCUAUUCAAGGGUGGGAUCGGCAAGACUUAAUUUGCUGGCCUUUGGUGACAGAGUAGCCCUCGACCUAGCACUAUCUUCAGAAUGAAUAAAAAGACUGAGAUUGCUCAGAAGGAUAAAUCACUCCCCACCAGAGAUUCUGUUUUAUUCUUUACAAGUAUAGAUUCUCCUAUACUAGGACGAGAUCUAGACUAGAUUUGCUGGCCUUUGUAAACCUCUCAACCUUGCGCCAUCAUGAGAGUGAAUAACAAGACUAGGAAUGCAUAAAAGGAUCACCGGAGAUACUGUUAUCUUCUUUCAAGUACAUGUAUGGAUCUUCUAGACUAAUGGCCUAGAGCGAUAUGAUGAGCUACGCUAGUGAUGUUUAGUGGAGCUCAUCAUCCUAGCGCAGGUUUGAUAGUGAAUAGCAAGGCUUGGACCAAGAACAAGUUGGGACAGUAUCACUUCAGAGCAGGACCACUGAUAUCUUGUACAAUAUGUAUGUGGUCUUCUAGUCCACAUGCAGAUGGGCUGGGUCUAUGAUAAUAGUGUAGCCUAUCGCCCUUGUGCAGACUUGAUUGUGAGUCACAAAAUUUGGACUACUUGCGGCCGCACUGUGGUUCACGAGCUGUAGGGGAGGCGCGAUAGCUCGGUCUGUAGAGCGGGGGUUUUGUAUUCAGGUGACCCGGAUUUGACUCCCAAUUGGUGUGCUAGUGCCCUUGGUGUAAGGCAUUUAAAUCCUCAUUACCAGGUCCCUCGAAGAGGAACUUAAGCCGUCGGUCCUCUGGUUGCGUGUGUACAAGCAUUUAUGCUUUCUUAGCAAUUAGGUAAAAAAUCACUACCAUAUUUAGUCUAAGUUAGAUGGGUACUAGAUUGGUACCUUGGUAGUUCAGGAUGCCUACAGCUAAUGCACAUCAUGUAUUUAACAAGAUGGUAGUGAUACAUGUAUGGGCCUUGCAUUUAGUUUAAUGAUGAAAUAAUGGCAUAUGCUAAAUUACAAUGGCUCAUUUCCGAAAUCCAUGCUAAUAUCCAUUUUUUGGUAAUGAAUUAACGGGGGGGGGGGGGGGGGGUUGAUAUUGUGUUUGAAGGUUAUUUGGAGUCUUGGUUUUGGUGCAUCAGUCACAAAUGCUGUAUCACCAAGUGUGACCAAGGUCCCGUAACACAAACCCUAGCAAUGAUCGUAGAAAUUUUUGCUACUAUUGAUUCCAUUGACUACAAUACACAAUGAAUCGUAAAAAUCAAGCGUACGAUUAAUCGCUAACCUUUGUGUUACGGGACCCAAAUUGAUUUUAUUUUACUUGUAGAUAGAUAUUUGCAUGAUGUGUGUGGUUGAUUAGUGGAAUACACUCAGCUUUGGAGGCUUCUGUAUGCCAUUACUUCAAAUUAAAAAUAUGAACUAUUUUGUGACAUAAAGAACUCACUAGCUUUCAUUUGACAAUCAAUUGCAGUUUACAGACUGUUUUAAAAAGUAGAGAAAACGAUGCCCUGCUUUGACGUGGGCACUGUUUCACAAUGCAUGAAGUCAUGGAUUUCAUCUGACUAAUUUACUCUCAGCCAAUGAAAUGCAGUGUUUAUAGUAGCUUUUAACAUUUGCCAGUGAAAAAUCACUGAAGAUUUGUUUCAUGAAAGCCUCCCUACUAGCAGAGCAAUCUUUGGAAUCUCUUUCUUUGUGGUAGCAGAGCUAAUGCUACAUGUAGUAUCAACCAUAAAGACAUUGCUUAUGUAGUUAUUUGCAGUGUAAGCAGAGAUGUGAUAAAUGAUUUUUUUUGGAGUGAAAGACGUAAGAUUUUAUCAUAACAUUUUAUCAUUCCUAUGGAAAGUGACUUUCGUAGAUACAUGUAGAAAACCUUAGAAAUUUGUAGGAAGAAAAGAAAAUUAGUUUAUUUUUAUGAUUCCAAAUGGAAUUUAUGGACAUCUUUCAUUAAUUAAUCUUUCAGAGUACCACUAUGUUUCUUCAUAUUGUAAAUUAGUCAUACUGUAUCUUUAGUAUGUAAAUUAGACUGCCAUUACAUAUAAACUAUAUAAUAGACCAACAUAAGCAAAUUUUGAUGAAUUGUAACUCUUAUCCUGAUAAUAUCACUGCGUUUUCUUUUUUAAUGAACCCUUCCAAGAGGGUCACAAACAAGUUAAGCUUCUUCUGUGUUCAGGUUAGUUUUGAGUUGCUUCAGUAAUUUAUCGCCUGUCUGAUAGGAAAUGAAAUUUGUGACUACUGGUACCGAUUAAAUACUUGGUGUGAGUUACAUGUACAUUGUGUAAUUCAAGAAAUGUAUUCAAGAAAGGAAAAUGUAUUCUUGCCUUUUCUAGUCUAGUUCCGUCCAGAGGAGGUAAGUGGAGUAUCACACACCUUGAAUGUCUUUCAUAUAAAAUAUAUGGAGAUAGAAUAAUGUCAAAAGGGAAGUCAUGCAUGCCUUAAAACUUUUCUUUUUCAUCAGUUUUGCUAAUCUAUUGAUGGUAUCGGUUCUGACUCAACUUGUAGUCAGAGGGUCGUACGUUCGAAUCCCAUCGUGGCAUGGCGUCCUUUAGUAAGGCGUUGAUCGAUCCACUCUUUGCCACUCUCCACCCUGGGGCGGGCCAUUUCAUAAAGCUGUUCGUAAGUUAAGAGCGACUUCAAGAACGACUGGUGAACCUUUCUUAAGCGAUUAACCAUCGCCAAUGUAUAUACCAUUUACCAGAAGAAAGGUACACCAGUCGUUAAAGCGGAAGUUUACCCUGACAAA